AUGGAUACUAGGAACUGGACAGAAGUAACUGAAUUCCUUCUCCUGGGGCUAUCUAGUCGUCCAGAGAUGCAGCCAAUCAUCUUUGGAGUUAUCCUCUCCAUGUACUUGAUAGCAGUGACAGGUAACACCAUGUUAAUCAUUGUUGCCCGCACAGACCCCAAACUACAGGCACCUAUGUACUUCCUGCUCAGCCAGCUCUCCUUAGUUGACAUCUUAUUGACCACUAUUAUUGUCCCCCAGAUGCUAGUGCACACAAUGACAGGAAUCCAGACCAUCUCCUUCAAGAACUGCAUAACGCAGCUUUUCUUCUUUAUGGCCAUAGGAAGUAUGGAAGGUCACCUGUUGGCUGCCAUGGCAUAUGAUCGCUAUGUGGCCAUCUGUAAACCCCUGCACCAUUCUACCAUUGUCACCCGCAGCCUCUGCCUCCGCAUCACCUCAACUUCAUUUGUGGUGGUCAGCCUCAACAGUCUUCUCUACAGUGUGCUGGCUGCCCGGCUAACUUUUUGUGGCAACCAGAUUACACAUUUUUUCUGUGACAUCACACCAUUACUCAAACUCUCCUGCACUCGACCUGUGGUCAAUGAGAUGCUGAUCUUCACUGAAGGUGCAGCCAUUAUUUUAAGUCCCUUUUUCUUUAUCUUAGCCUCCUAUGUCCGUAUUGGGAUUGCUGUAGCUCGCCUACACUCAGCUGCUGCCCUGAAAAAGGCCAUAUCCACCUGUAGCUCCCACAUUCUGGUGGUGCUGCUCCUAUAUGGCUCAGUAAUCCGUAUGUACCAACGGCCAUCUUCUAGUUAUGACCUGGACCAGGACAGACAAGUGGCCAUAUUCUACACUGUGGUCACACCCAUGCUAAACCCAAUGAUCUACAGUUUAAGGAACCAGGAAGUGAAGGAUGCUCUGUGUAGGCUCUGGAAGAAGAUACGGAAUAUUUGUUAUUCUGGUGACUUCCAACCUGCCCCUCAAUCUAGAGUAACCCAGCAUCACAUCUCUUGA